AGUCUUCUAAGAGAAGAGGGGAAGCUCUUCUUUGGACCAGUCCCUCUGCUUCUGCUUCACCUCCCAUUGUGUGUGUUACAUUCUCUCUCUAAAAAAAAACUCUCUCUCUCUAAAAAUAGUUUCUCUUUCUAACUCUGAAAUAGAGGAAGCAGUGAUUUUUAUCAGAAACAAGUUUAAUGUCCACCCACCCUCUUCAAAACUAACCUUCUCUUUCUUUCUUUCUUUCAUUCUCUCUCUUCAAAAAAAUAGAACCAUUUGUUUCCUCUCAUUUUAGUAGAUCUAUUACCAAAUUUAAGAAGCCAAAAUGAGCAAAGAAGAGUUCUUAAAAAUUCAGACUUGUGUUCUUAAAGUGAAUAUACAUUGUGAUGGUUGUAAACAGAAAGUCAAAAAAAUCCUGCAGAAAAUUGAAGGGGUUUACAAGACUAGUAUAGAUGCAGAGCAAGGGAAAGUAACGGUUUCAGGAAAUGUAGACCCAACAACACUCAUCAAGAAGCUCAAUAAGUCUGGUAAACAUGCAGAGCUUUGGGGCGCUCCUAAACCAAACAAUAAUAACAACCAAAAUCAACUGAAAAACGUAGAUAAUGGUGGUAAAGGCGGCGGCGGAGGUCAAAAUCCAAAUCAAAAUCAUAACAAAAAUCAGCCGCAAAAGGGCGGCGGAGGUGGUGGUGGGGUUCCUCAAAAUCAGCCGAAAGGUGGUGGUGGUGGUGGAGGACCGCAGCAGCCGAACCCGCAACAGUUGCAGCAAAUGCAGCAACAACAGCUGCAGCAAUUGCAGCAACAGAUGAAGGGACUUGGAAUGGGUGGAGAUCUGAAAAUGCCACCGCAAUUUCAAGGAAUGAAGAUGCCGUCGAAAGAUAAUCAGCCGCAGUUACCGCAGCCGGGUGGGAAAGGAGUGAAGUUUAAUGUGCCGGAAGAUGACUUGGAUGAUGAUGAUGAUUAUGACGAUGAUGAUUAUGAUGAUGAUGAUUUUACGGAUGAUGAUGAGUUUGAUGAUGAAUUCGAGGAUGUCGGUAAGAUGAAACCGAUGGGUUUGGGUGGUGCGGGUGCGGGUGGGGGUGGACCGCCGCCGAAUAUGAUGAUGAAUGGUGGUGGUGGUGGUCCGGGUGGUGGGAUGAUGAAUCCGCAGCUGAUGAAUGCUAUUGCUCAGGCGAAGGCGAAUGCUGCGGCCGGGGGUAAUGGUGGUGGGAUGAUGAAUCCUCAAUUGAUGAAUGCUAUUGCUCAAGCGAAGGCUAAUAAUGGUGGUGGCGGUGGAGGUGGUGGUAAUAAUGGUAAAAAAGGCGGUGGAGGUGGAGGCGGAGGUGGAGGAGGUAAUGUUCCGGUUCAGAUGAAUGGAGGUAAAAAGGGGGGAGGAAAUGGAGGAGGAAAUAAUAAUCAAAAUCAAGGAGGUGGGAAACAAGGUGGUGGUGGUGGGGGUGGUAAACAAGGCGGUGGGCCGAUGCCGGGUGAUUCUAAGAAUGGUGGUAAAAAUGGUAAUGGGCAACCUCAUGGUGGCGGUGGAGGUGGAGGCGGAGGUGGUGGUGGGAACAUGAUGAUGAUGAAUGGUGGUGGGGGGAAGAAAGGUGGUGGUGGUGGGAUGAAUGAUGGAGGAUUACCACCUAAUCAUCAUGGCAUGGGAGGAAAUGGAAUGAAUAACAAUCCAAAUGGAGGAGGGUUCAAUCAUAGCAUGGGGGGCAUGCCUGUUCAUCAUGUGGGUGGUGCCCCCAAUAUGGGCCAAAUGCCACCAGUAGCCCAAAUGGCGAACAUGCAAAUGGGCCCUAUGGGCUCGAUCCCGGCCGUUCAAGGGUUGCCAGCUGGCACCACAGCAACUGCCGGACCUGCUUACUACCAUGGGGGCCCACCGCCGGAAAUGAUGGACCCCAACCCUGGUAACCCGUACCACCAACAAAUGUUAGCUCAAAUGAUGAUGAUGAACCAACAACGAGCUAAUGGGAAUGAGCGGUUUCAGCCCAUGAUGUACGCCCGGCCACCACCUGCGAUGCAUUAUAUGCCCCCAUACCCACCACCGGCAGACCCUUAUACUCACUAUUUCAGUGAUGAAAACACCUCAUCAAGUUGCAAUGUAAUGUGAUAAAAAAUUUGCCAAAAGAAACAUGAGAGGGUGGUGUUUGUUCCUUGUUUGGUCAUGAAUCUCGGUGAACAAGGGUAGUUCUCUGCUCAAAGGGCAUGCGGAAUCUUGAUAGUUUGAUUAAAAAAAAAAAAAAAAAAAAAAAAAAAAAAAAAA